AGAAAAAGACAUUGUGAGAAUCAAAGAGCAUAUUAUCAACGUACAAAAGGUUUAAAGGAAAAUGACGAAAAUGUAGAAGAAUUGUUCCAAAAGCAAUUAGAUGAUUUGCAAAUGAAAAAAAAGAAAUUGGAAAGUAAUGAAGACCAAGAGAAUGUUCUGCAAUGCAGGGCUUUUCGAAAUUUAGAAAAUGUACAGCUCGAACAAAAUCAAUUCCUCACCCAACAACUUCGUAUAUAUGAAGAGAGUCACGAAUGUAUUACCCCCAAAGUCAUUUUACAUAGAACUACAGAUAUUCCAGGUGAUGGUAAUUGUCUUUUCCAUUCACUCAUACAUGUUCUGCAACUUAAAAUUUCGACUUGUGAUUUGAGAAGACAGUUACGUGAUUCACCUUAUUUAAACUCCUGCCACAAUCCACAAGAAGCAUAUAAUAUACUUUCAAGUAACAAUGAAUAUGGAGAUUUGGAUUGUUUAUAUUUGUUUGCAAAAACUUACAAUCAAAAUAUUUGUGUGCAUUACCACUAUUUCAACGUAAUUUCAAAAAAUAAAGAUACUCGAUUCUGUCAUUUUAAAGCAAAUGAUACACAUAAUUGGAUUCAUCUUGAUCUUCGUGAGCUACACUUUACGCCUUACUUCUCUGAUGAUGAAAAGAAGAAAGAAGAUGAAAGAAAACAAAAGCAGAAGAACAAAGAAUAUUCUAAGCGGUAUCGAGAUAAAAAAAGAACAUCAAUAUACAAAACAGCCCCGUCCGCCGGAGAUGUGUUGGAUGUACAACCAGUCAUUCAUACUUCACAAUUGCAGACCCGUCCACCGGAGGUGUGCCAUAUGUUCCACCAGUUAUUUGUAGUUCCCCAAAUUGCAGAUUUAUUGUCGAGAGAUGUACCUUCAAGUCCAUCAAUACAUUCUAACUACAAUUCUAUCGAAGUGCGUCAAAGGCAUUUUCCUUCUCAAGAUGUUGAAUCAUCUCCACCUAAUAUACAUCUUCAAACAUACUCUGCUUUUCAACAGAAUUCUUCUGCUCAUCAACAGUUUGAAAAUGAUUUUGUUAAAAAUGAAUUUGGUCAUGCUUGCGACAUUUGUGACAGACUGUGGUUUAGAAAAGAUUUGAAAUAUUUGCAAAACAACGAUGCAACUCCAAAAAUUGAAUUUAUAAGAACAUUGCUCUCGAACAUUGCUAUACUGACAAUAAAAAUAUGUUCGACUUGCUUUAAAGCCAUUCAAAAGCAAUGUAUCCCACAACUAUCAGUUUACAAUGGAUUCAAAUAUCCACCACUUCCAGACUGUCUUAAAGACUUUCCUUUGGACUUGGUAACUGAAAGACUUAUAUCGCCAAGGAUUCCAUUCAUGCAAAUUCGAAGGCUUCGGCAUGUUCACGGUCAAUAUGGAAUAUACGGGCAGGUGAUAAAUGUUCCAAUUGAAAUAAACACAAUGGUGCAUCAGUUACCAAGACAAGUGGAUGAUGAUCAUGCUAUAACAGUUCACAUUAAAAGGAAAAAAAUUCACAAAUCUAGCUACGUGUAUGGUAUAGUGACCAAGAGAAAAAUAAAAGUGUGGUUACGAUAUUUAAAGGAUACUCCUCUUUACAAGUCUUACGGCGUUUUAGUUGACGAUGAUUUUUUAAAUGAUAGAAGUUAUGACGUUGAAGAUGAAAUCAUCUUUGAUGAAGAUGGCGACAAUGACCUUUUAGAACAAAUACCCAUCGAGGAAAGUUUAAUAGCACAGCAGCAAACAUUGAUGUGGAACGACGAUAUGUACUGA